CCGAUCAAUGACGUCAACAGCUUCUGUAAGAGAACUCACUUGUGAUUGGCCCAUAACACGGAAGUCUUUUCUCAGCCAAUCACCGUCGCGUUUACUUGCCUAUCCGGCAGUAUCAACAUGGCAGCUUUCUGAGUUCAGGAGGGGAUCUGGCGUAAAUAAAGACCGAUUAAAGACUUCAGAGGCAGCGACAACGUUCGGGUUCUGGACUUGGGGACUUUCUGGAGUGUGGGGGGAAGAUGUCGAGUGACGGAAAAAACAAACAGUUCUGGAAAAGAAGCGCAGAGAAGGUUCCUGGCAGCAUCCAGCAUGUGUACGGUGCACAGCAUCCUCCCUUCGACCCACGACUCCAUGCAAACCUCAUGAAAGCGGGCUCCCGGCCGCCUCCGGCCACACCAGGCAAGCCCAAAAAAGCCACCACCUUCCAGGAGUUCGAGAGCAUCACAAGCGACGCCUGGGACGUCAAAGACGACGACGACGAGCUGCUGGCCAUGGCCGCCCAGAACCUCAACAUCGAGGUUGUCAUGGAGACGGCGAAUAAGGUGAUUGAGAAUCACAGCAAACAGCAGGAGAGGCAGCGACAGGACGACACGGCGGAGCUGGAUCAGAGAGAAGAGGAGGAGGAGGAGGAGGACGAGGGACAGGAGGUGUGCACGGUGGACCACGGAGACGCCAUCAGCCCCGACGUGUCGUUCGGCUCCCAGAGCAGCCCCGACACGGAGGGCCGCCUCGUCAAGUCCCACAGCGAAGCUCCCAUCGGGUCACCGAGAGAUGUGGCGAGUGAGCGCGCGGCCCUCCACAGACAGCGGUCUCUGCCCCACCGGCCCCCCGUCAUCCCGCUGGUGGCUCGCAUGGCUGAUCAGAACACAUCUGGCACCCUGGCCAUGACCGAGAGGGAGGCGUCCCGUCUGGACAAGUUCAAACAGCUGCUGGCGGGGCCCAACACAGACCUGGAUGAGCUUCGGAAACUAAGCUGGUCGGGAAUUCCACGACAGGUUCGACCAAUUACCUGGAAGCUUCUUUCUGGUUACCUGCCAGCCAACGCAGAGAGGCGGGAAAGCGUUCUACAGAGGAAAAGACAAGAGUACUUUGGCUUCAUCCAGCAGUACUAUGACUCCCGUAACGACGAACACCACCAGGACACAUACAGACAGAUUUUUGAGAGAAUCCUUUUCAUCUGGGCCAUCCGCCAUCCAGCCAGCGGCUACGUGCAAGGCAUCAACGACCUGGUCACGCCGUUCUUCGUGGUGUUUCUCUUUGAGUACAUCGAGGAGGAAGUGGAAAACUUUGACGUGUCGAGUCUCCAGGAAGAGGCUCUGAGGAACAUCGAGGCUGACAGCUUCUGGUGCAUGAGCAAACUGCUGGACGGCAUCCAGGACAAUUAUACGUUUGCUCAGCCGGGCAUUCAGAGGAAAGUCAAGGCCCUGGAGGAGCUGGUCAGCAGGAUUGAUGAGUCUGUGCACCAGCACAUGCAGCAGUAUGAGGUGGAGUACCUGCAGUUCGCCUUUCGUUGGAUGAACAACCUCCUGAUGAGGGAGCUGCCGCUACGCUGCACCAUCAGGCUGUGGGACACUUAUCAGGCGGAACCAGAGGGCUUUUCCCACUUCCACCUGUACGUGUGCGCAGCUUUCCUGGUCAGGUGGAGGAAAGAGAUCCUGGACGAGAGAGAUUUUCAGGGCUUGAUGAUCCUCCUACAAAACCUUCCCACCAUGCACUGGGGCAAUGAGGAAGUGAGUGUGCUGCUGGCGGAAGCUUACAGGUUGAAGUUCGCCUUUGCCGACGCGCCCAACCACUACAAGAGAUGAUUGGAGAGUCAUCUGUCCGUGGACCUCCACAUGGAGAAACCUUCCCCACCCCCAUUUCCAAUGGGCCUUUCAGCUAAGAGAUUCAAUGAGGAGAUGUGGUGUAGCAACCUGAAGUGACAAUGAGCCUUUUUUAUUAACAUUAUUUCUUUCUGAUCAGCUCUAAAUGUUUUUUUUUUUUUUCCGUCACUGUGGGAUUACGAGCUACACUCCCUAAAAAAAUACAUUAUUUUUUACUUUUACAGCUGUGUUGGAAGAGGACAAAUCUGAAGGAACAUGACCUGAUCCUGUUUCUCCUCACACCAGCACGGUGUUUUUCCGGGAACUGACUGCAGGAGAGCAGCAUAAGGAGCAGGAAAAAGAAAAAAAAAAGAGAGGCCUCCUGAAGCUGCACUUCAGGAGGCCCGCAUGAAAUUAAAGAGCCGUCAGGAGAGAGUUUGACUGCGCGCAAGAGUCUCUUCAUUUACCGUAGGACUACCUCAGAGCACACUUACACCUUUUUUGUAUGCCACACGGAGGCUCGAUCCCAGUCCCAAUCAGAAUUGAUCACAAGAAACCAUGCCUUGCUUUAUCCACUUGAAGAUCUUGCCUUAUUUUUCCUGUUCGUUUAUGUUUCAUCUUUAUGUCUCAUUUCCAUGAGUGCAUACAGAGAAAACUCGAUGGGAUUCCUGUUGUAUGAAGUGCAGGUGGAACGAAAGUUCAGUCUGAGUCUUUGUGAAAAUCCUCCAUAGGGCCGUCACUCCCUUUCAUAUGGAUUCCUGUUGGAUGAGGGCUUUCACUUUUUCAGUUCAGAGACGCACCCGAUCUGUUCUGUUGGGUAAAGUGAAUCCGCAGGAACAUACCUGAUACUCAUUAUUCACCAGAGUCAAGAAAUUUCAUUAAAACUUGAACCUUUCUGUGAAUUUUAAAAGCGCAUUGGUGUUAAUUCAUUAUCAACAUCUGCUUAAAUAACAGAAUUUAGGAGAUAAACUCUAAAGGAUGGAAGGUGAAACCGUUUUCAGAGAUGGAUCUAUCCAUAAAGGGUUCAUUUCUAUCAGUGGAGCUCCAGUUUUUAAAAAAAAAGUGGUUUGGUCAUUGGCGCUGUGGUUGCCGGGACGCGUCGUUGACAGUCGUGUCAUCAGAUAUUCACCGCAUAACUCAAAGCAGUUAACAUUCAGCCAGGAUCCAUUAUUGUCACCUGAGCCGACAAAGACGGCGAGCGUAGGUGUGUGAAGGGGAGACGACGGCAGAGGGGUGGGGGAAGGGGGGUGUUACCUUGGAUUUUUUUUCUUUUUUUUCGGAGAGCUGUCAGUCUUUGAUCACACGCUGAGAAUUUUUUUUUUUUAAACACAAUCUGAACCAGUUAUAUGAUGUUCUCAGAAAAAUUGCAGCUUUUUUUUUUCUUUGUCUGUCCCCUUUUUUUGUGUAACAUAUUCAAGAACAUCCAUCAUUUAGGGUUUUUAUUUAUACUAAAAUAUGUUUACAUUUUUGAGCCUCUUAAGUUGUGCCUGAAUCUGAAGGUGGUUCCAUUUGUGGCUCCAAAUGAACAAAAAGCUUCUAAUCCAGGUGGAUGAGCGUGAGCGUCCAUGGCUGUCAGGCUCUAAAGCUGGUAUGGUACUGCAACAAUACUAUUGGGGGAGGAGGGGGGUUAUGUUGAAACACCAGGUGUGUUGAUAAAUUAACAAAGGUUUUAGAUCUACACUUCUCAGAUUGGUGGGUUUGUGUGGAUCAGAAGGGAUGUUUGCUGCUGAAGCGUUUUCUCCACCUUCGCUCGGACCUCCUGCAUCCUCUCUUUGUUAGUUAUAAUCGGCUUUUAUUUAAAGAUUAAAAGCUGGAGUGGCAACAGCAGCUACAAGCGACAGUUGGUGUCCAAAGUGACGUUGCCUUAAUGGACAGUCUCACACUGAGAACCUUAAGGGGAGUCAAAGAUGUCCGGACCCACAACUGGUUUGAAAGAAUGUCUUUUUUUUUUUUUUUCUCCCACUUUUACUGUAAUGUCUUAUGAAGCAGUUUGCCUUUAACAGCAGUCAGCCGCCACGUGUCUGACCGUUUAAUGAGGAAGUAUCAUCUCCAAGGCUUUUUCAGACAUUCCUGGGACCUUACAGUGGGUUUUCCUCAACUAUCCCUUCCAGAAGCUUCUUCUUUUUUUUUUUUUUUAAAUAAAUGUAAUAUUUGGACCCCCUAAUCCCAAACGGUUCUUUGCCUCAGAUUAAGUAAAAAAUAUUGAUUUUGUUGGAGUCAGGAAUGCUUGUUCUUGGUUUAAAGACAUGUACAGAAACAAUCUGUAAAUACAAAUUGUAAAUAAACCCUGUACAUGAUAAAAAGUGCUUUGAAUUUGA